CAGUUAGCUUGUAACUGUUACUCUAGUAUAUAAGUACUAGUAUCCCAAAAAAAAAAAUAGUACAUCAAACACCACCUUUAAUGUUUCAUUUCUUGUUUGGUCUUACGAAUUGAAGUUUGCAACUGUCACAAAAGUCAUCAUUACUUUUAUCCCUAUAUGUUUUGCAUUCAUCGUCAUAUUUUGUUUUCUUAUAUACAAAGAGAUAUUUGGGCGGAUACUCCAAAUUUUAUUUGCAAGAAAACUCUAAGAGAAUAACUUGUUAUUUACUCCUUUUCUUGGAUCUCUAUGUAUGUCAGUUGUACUGGCUAUGAGUUGGCUUUCUAUUUUCCUAUAUAUUCACCAAAUGAUGAGUUAAAGACAGAAAUCAGCCUAAGCAAAGGCAAACUUUUUAAUAAGGAAAAGAAAAACUAGAUUUUCUUGUGUUUGAGAAGAUGAGUAGCAUUACUGCUAGCUGUUAUUCUAAUUUGAUAUUGAAGAAAAGAGAAUCAAGAAUCAAUGGGGUGUCUAAUUUACAAUACAAUGGGCUUAGAGCUAUUGAAACUAUUCAAAUGCCAACAAGCUCUGCUGCUUAUAAGCCAAAAGAUGUAAAACGUCGAAGAAUCAAAGCGAUGGCCUCUCCAGCUGUUUCAGCUCCCAAGAGAGAAACGGACCCGAAGAAAAGGAUUGUCAUUACCGGAAUGGGCCUGGUUUCAGUCUUUGGAAGUGAUAUCGACAAUUUCUACAACAAACUUCUCGAGGGACAGAGUGGUAUCAGUUUAAUAGACAGAUUUGAUGCCUCAAAUUACACGGUUAGGUUCGGAGGACAGAUUCGCGAUUUCUCUUCCAAAGGCUAUAUAGACGGGAAGAAUGAUCGUCGUUUAGAUGACUGCUGGAGAUACUGUCUUGUUGCUGGAAAGAGAGCUCUCAACGAUGCCAACCUUGACCAACAAGUUCUUGAAACUAUGGACAAAACGAGGAUCGGUGUCUUGGUGGGGUCGGGCAUGGGCGGUUUAAAAGUUUUCAGCGACGGGGUGGAAGCCUUGGUGCAAAGAGGAUACAAGAAAAUUAGUCCAUUUUUCAUUCCUUACUCAAUCACCAACAUGGGAUCAGCACUGUUGGCUAUAGACACCGGACUAAUGGGACCAAAUUACUCUAUUUCAACGGCUUGUGCAACUGCCAAUUACUGUUUUUACGCGGCUGCAAAUCACAUUAGAAGGGGCGAAGCGGAUAUUAUGGUAGCAGGUGGAACGGAAGCUGCUGUUACAGCUACUGGUGUUGGUGGAUUCAUUGCUUGUCGGGCCUUGUCUCAAAGAAAUGACGAACCAGAACAGGCCUCAAGGCCAUGGGACAAAAAUCGUGAUGGAUUUGUUAUUGGUGAAGGCUCUGGUAUCCUGGUCAUGGAAAGUUUGGAGCACGCCUUAAAAAGAGGCGCUCCUAUCAUAGCAGAAUACCUGGGAGGUGCAGUCACUUGUGAUGCUCAUCACAUGACCGAUCCUCGCGCAGAUGGUCUUGGAGUUUCGUCUUGCAUCGUUAAGAGUUUGGUAGAUGCGGGAGUUUCACCUGAAGAGGUGAACUAUAUAAAUGCCCAUGCAACAUCAACUCUUGCCGGAGAUUUAGCUGAGGUCAAUGCCAUCAAGAAGGUCUUCAAGGAUACCUCAGAAAUCAAAAUAAACGGGACAAAGUCGAUGAUCGGUCAUGGACUCGGAGCUGCUGGCGGAAUUGAAGCCAUUGCAACCAUCAAGGCAAUCACAACCGGAUGGCUUCAUCCAACCAUCAAUCAAUAUAACUUAGAACCACAAGUUACAAUAGACACUGUUCCAAAUGUGAAGAAACAACAUGAAGUGAACAUCGGUAUCUCCAACUCGUUUGGAUUCGGAGGACAUAAUUCAGUGGUUGUUUUUGCACCCUACACGCCUUGAACAAAGUUUUAACACAAACAAUUGGCUCAUUUGAGAGAACUCAUAAAUUUCUUGAAGAUACAACACUUAUAAUGUUGCCCCUUUUAUCAAAUUUUAUUCAAAAUGUAAGUUAUCAAUAAACUUCUCAACUAUAAUCAUUGAUGACUUUGUUAUGCAACAAGCUUUCCAAGAUUUGUUAGAAACUCAGCCAAUUAAAAUGUGAGACAUUUGGCACAUGAUUCUUCAAGCUCGAAAUGAAAGAAUCUAAGUAU